AUGCAAAUAUCGAUUGGUAAAUUACGUUCGAAUGAAUCAUUACGUCGUGCGACACUUGUUCGAGGUACAUUAUGGCGUGCUCGAGAACAUUAUUGUGAUUUAAUUAAUGAAUUGGUUAAAAUUGUAAACACGAUAACAACAA